UACAGAAUAGUUUAUUUGAAGUUCCUCAUUUUUGAGCAACUCCAUUGCUGAAAACAAACAAACCAUUUUUAUUUCCUUAAAAUAAGUUACUCAGUUUAAGUAUUUGGAAUUUUGCGAAUGUAAAAUUUAAUCGUCAUGUUUAAGAAUACCUUCCAAUCAGGAUUUCUGUCUGUGCUUUACAGUAUAGGUAGCAAGCCACUCCAAAUUUGGGAUAAGAAAGUGAGGAAUGGACAUAUCAAACGUAUUACUGACAAUGAUAUACAAAGUUUGGUUCUUGAAAUUGUGGGUACAAAUGUCAGCACCACUUUUAUAACAUGUCCUGCAGACCCUAAAAAAACGUUAGGCAUAAAAUUGCCUUUUUUGGUUAUGAUUAUAAAGAAUGUAAAAAAAUAUUUUACUUUUGAAGUACAAGUAUUGGAUGAUAAAAACGUACGAAGACGUUUCCGUGCCAGCAAUUACCAGUCGACGACACGCGUGAAGCCGUUCAUAUGUACAAUGCCGAUGCGCUUAGAUGAAGGUUGGAAUCAAAUACAAUUCAAUCUAUCCGAUUUUACAAGACGUGCGUAUGGCACGAAUUAUAUUGAAACUUUGAGAGUGCAAAUACAUGCAAAUUGCCGAAUUCGUCGUGUUUACUUUUCGGACAGGCUGUAUUCAGAAGAUGAGCUACCACCAGAAUUUAAAUUGUUCUUGCCAAUACAGAAGCCUUCACAAAAAGCACAGGCAAUAUGCAGCUAAAAAAGGCAAUAUUAUGCAGCUAUAAACCUUGAAUGUUGAAUCGGAAUAAAUCUUACAAUAAAAUGUAGUAACAAAUU